AUGUUUUUCUCCUUGAAAGAAACAACUCGCCUGCUGGGCCUUACUCCUAUAGAGAUAUGGCUCCAUAUUGUUGGAUUUACUGUAUUCUCAAUUUUUUUUGUAUUGAAGGCUGAAUCUGUUGUGACCUUUAACUGGUGGUUAGUGUUUUCUCCUUUAUUUGCUGCUGAUGGUGUACAUUGCUAUUUUGUUUAUGUGGUGCUUUUAAGGAUGCUUCUUGCAGGGAUGUAUAAGGCAGCUCCAUUGAGAGCUUUGUGGAGUUGUACCAUUCUUGGUUUACAUUUUGCUUUCAAAUUUCUUCUUUGCAAAAAACUGAAUGGGCAGUUGUCAAUGGAUUAUGCUGAGAUUUUAGCCCCUGUUAUGAUUAUGCUCCAACUCUUCAUGAUAAGGGCUUGUCAAAUACACUGAUGUGAAAAUAA